AAACCCUGACCCAAACAUCAUUACACAAAAUAUUCUAAGCAUUCCGAGUAUUGUUCAAACUCCAUAGUUCAUUGUCGAUUUGUGAAUUUGUCAUAAUUCUCUUUAAAAUUUAUUAUUAAACAAUAUUUGUUAGCAAACAGUGAUAAACUUAUAUAUGAAGAAGUGUUAUUUUAUAUAAUAAUUUGGCCAGUAGGUAAUUUUUUUUAAACAAACAAAACAAAGGCGAAUAUAUAAUUGUUUUGACGAGUUCAUGAAAACAGAUCAUAGUAAAGAUUUGGUUUUAUCGAAUUAAUGGCAGAAUCCGGAAGAGGCAAGCAAACUGGCGAAGGGGGUGAGGUUAUACUCGAAGGUUGGACUAAGGAAGAAAAAUUAGAACUUUUGUUCGCACUUAAAUGUUAUGGCUCUAAAAAUAUUGACCAAAUUCAAGCAGAAAUCCCGAGUAAAACAGUGGAGGAGAUAAAACAUGCCGUUAAUAUAUAUAAGAAAAAAGCUUUAAAACAACAUAAACAGAUAGAGAAAAUGAAGAAAAAACAAAUAAGAAAAAGAAGUAAUCCACGCAUUCCAUUAGCCAGUUGGGCAAAGUUUUUGGUAGAUUCAUUGGGUUAUAAAGAUCUUGAAACAGAAACAUCUACUGCUCUCCGUUUGAUUGCAGAUUUGGAGAAGAUUCCGUCACCUUUAUCUACAGAGAAUGUUAAUUUCUCACAAAUUUACCAUCAAAUAGCCAAUGCAAUGGAAGGUAAACCAUUAAAAAAUGAUCAUAUGGUUUGCCCUAUUCUCAAUAAGUGUAUCUUGGAAACAGCAUUAGUCAGUAAAGCAUUUAUUAAAAACAGUGUGUACAAGUUUGUUGUAAAUAGUAUUAAUAUAUCUGACAGAGAAAUGAAUUUGUUUCCUCAACCAACACAUGACCAUGAAUUAUCCACUCUACGACAUUUGGCAGCACAAAGAAAAUAUAACCCACUCAAUAUUAAUGAAAGUUUUUUGUCACCUACACUGUCUAGAGAAUUUAGUUAGAAAUGUUUGCAUGUUUUUUUAACAUAUGAAAUAAAUAAUGUACACAAAU